CCUGCUUGACGUACUAAUUGUAGAAGUAGACAAAUUUCAUUUCUUACUAAAUACGUGAGUUUAUUCGUGCUUAUGUUUUUCCAACCCGAAAUGACUCUCUUCAUCUUAAGUUAUCCUGUACGUCGGCGUUGAUCACUAUCACCGAUCCUUGGCUGAUAGACCUAAGAGGUCUGUUGCAGAUUAUACGAUUAGUAAGAGCAGAUCUGACGUAUGAAAUGACUGUCUGUGGCGCAGAAUUCCAAUCUUCCGGCUCUUUAACUGAAGGGGUUCCUCAGUCUAUAAAACCGAGCAUUCCGCUAGGUAUAAUUCUUCUCUUUCCAAACCACUUCACUUCUUAGUUUAACUAUAUCAACUACUGUUAUGACAAUGGCGGCUCAUCGCGUCCUCCUACUCGGUGGUAACGGUAAGGUGGCUCGGUUGCUGACACCGAUGCUCCUUCAGCGAUCGUGGGAAGUUGCUAGUAUCAUCAGAAGUCCGGAUCAGGUUGCAGAAUUGCAGCAGAUUGGAGCGCAGACGAACCACAAGGGCAAACUAGACGUCCUUGUUCGCAGCAUCGAGGAUGUCAAGAGCGAAGCCCAAGCUAAGACUUUGAUCGACGAAGUGAAACCUGAUUAUGUUGUCUGGAGCGCUGGUGCUGCAGGAAAAGGACCACCAGAGAGGACUGAGGCAAUUGACCGCGAUGCCGCCUGUCAUUUCAUUCGUGCGUCUGUGGCAACACCAUCAAUCACCAAGUUCGUUUUGGUUUCAUUUAAUAGCUGCCGCUAUGAAAAGAUGUCUUGGGUCACGGAGGAACGCUGGCAAGAAUAUCUCAAGACGAUACGAAAUUCACUAAACAGGUACUACGAGGCGAAGAUCGUGGCGGAUAGAGUACUGUACGAGGAAGGGAAGAAACGAAAGGAUUUUGCAGCAAUUUCACUCCGUCCAGGAGUGUUAACAACAGAACCCGUGGGAGGCGUUGCUCUAGGGAAGCAGCCGCGAGUGGCAGGGACAACGAGUCGCGCAUCUGUCGCUUAUGUUGCUGCCCUGCUGCUCGACUCUCCCAAUGUUAAAACUUGCUGGGUCGAUCUUCUCGAUGGAAAUGAAGAUCCCGAUGCGGCUGUAAAGAGAUUUGUUGAGUCGGGAGAAGAUUGUGCUGAAGGAGAGUAUUUCUAUCAACCUUAAGGUACCUCAGUCACGAUACCUAUAUCAUCUACAUAAAGCAUGAUUGGAGAAAGUAAAGUUCAUGUUCUCGGUGUAUUACAGUCAUUUUAUUUAUAUCUACAUCAAGGAAGUAACGUAAAAAAAGAAAAAGGCCAACCUCUCAGCCUAUGAGGACACCUUAGGCUCUAAUGAUUUGAAGAUAGAUUAAGCUUUUUAGUACA